AUUUCCGUCUGUGAUGACUACUCGCUGCCGUUCGAUUUUAUCAAGAAACGACCGUCCAGUUUUGAUCCAGGUUUAGCUGAAUGUUUACCAAAUAAUUGGCCUUCACCAUCAUCGGAACAUGUUACUUUUCUAGAUCAACAUCAGCAACAUCAACACUUUCUACUACAGCAAUCAGCAUUGCAAAUAGAAUUUCCGCAGCAUCAGCAGCAACAUUUCGAGAUACCAAGUCGUCAUUUAGAAGAGCCUCAAGCACCACAAGGUUAUAUUGACGAGAGUGGUAACUUGUGUUUACUACAAACAGCAGAAAGAGUUGACAGGCCAAACAAGCAAUCAUCAUCUCGACACGGAACACGCGAAAAGACUCGACCAUCUCAAAAACGACGCAAGAAGAAGCGAGUCAGACAACAAACGAAGAAGGAAUUUGAUUCAUCUGUGCCAAAUUCAUCGGAAAACGAAGACGAGCGAAUUCCAUUUAAUGAAGGAAAAGUGCCAGAAUUAAAUUCACCAGACAGUAUUAAUGACGAUGUUUUGAAUCGUUUGGAAGCUUUCAAAAGUCCAAGACGAUUACAGACAAGUGAACGUUGUAAGACAAGCCCGUCACCAUAUUAUUACUCAGAUUUGUUGCAUAAGAAGACGACAGAAGACGAACUUCAAGUUGAAAGAGCGCAGCUGUUUGCAAAACAUACAAAGACAGUUGUUGAUUCCAUAAAAAAUAAAGAACUUGCAUUUAAGGAACGGAAAAGCAACAGCUUAGAUAAUCCAGCAGCUGACAAAGUUGUCACACCACCGAAGCGAUAUUCAAUCACUGAAGAAGGUGUACGAAUAAUCCGUUGUGACUCACCAUCAACGACAACUUCGGAUGAUUCUGACUGCUCUGAAUGUCAAAAGCGACGUGAGUGGCAUUCACACGCAUUAGCUGUUGUUCGUGCAGCAACUCAAAAUUUACGCACGCAAACAUCAAACGAUGUCGAACCGGAAGUUUAUUACCAAAACAGUUUAGUGUCUCAAAUGCCUCAGAAUCGAUUUCUCGAUCAUCCAGUUAUUUGUGCAUGUGCACCGAACUAUGUUGAUGAUGGCGAUGAUCAACUUUUUCAACCUCGCAGCAUCUUUUAUGUUCAUCAGCAAGGCUUCCAAGGAUGUGCCGAUUGUAACAUAACCAGCGACGACAGACUUAAAGCCUUGAUCUUCGACGAAAUGAAUGUACGACAGAGAAAACUUUAUGAAACCGCCUUUGAUUCAAAAAUCGCCAAAUCCGAUGAUGACCUUGAUGAGGUCGAUCGAAUCACAAAUCAUUCUGUGAGCUUAUUUGGCAAUGAAUAUCGAAUGGUGACGAGUCAAAGCAAAGAUAGUUUCAUUUCGCAUAAAGAGAAACGUUAUCGAUCGAAACACAAUAAAAAGCUUCAAAAUAACAAUAACAACAAACAGAAUGUUGAAGCAGAAGAAACGACGCUUAUAAAUGAAAUAGAAAAAAUAAAAAUCGAAGAAUCGAUUGACAACAUUGUGAACGCUAAUGUGCCCGCAUUACCAGCAACUAAUACAGCUGCUUAUACACCGUCACCACCCUCAACCGCCCCAUUGCCUUUGAAAUUCCCGACAAAGCACGAGAAAUUCUUCAUCAAUAGCAUUAAGAGUGCUCCAAACUUGCCAGCUUCAAAUGCACUCCAACAUCCACGCUUGAAAGACUUACGUGGCUCUGAGAAGAGCGAUGCAGGAAAAGAACGUCCUCGUUCAGUUAUAAUAGAAGCCGGAAGAGUUUUUGAGCUUAAAAGAAGCCAUUCAGGUCGAAAUUAUUCAUCGACUGAGAGUAUGGCAACGUCGAGUAGUGGUGGAAGUAUGGAGUCAAUCAGGUCAAGUACGAGCGAAGGAAAUCGAAGUACAACAAGCACCGAGUCACGUCAUUCAUCAUCUUUGAGCUCACACAGUUCCGAUUCAGGUCCGAGUGUUGUUCGACCGCUUCGAGCUCCAAUAAUCAUUCAUCCGAAACUUCAAAUUCUCAGCCCAAUCUCCGAUAAAUCAGCACAAGAACCGGUUUCUGAGAAUGGUGAAAAUAUGAAGAUUCAAUCGCCGAAGCAGACACCAGACGAAAACAGUGAAAAGAUAAUUGAAGACAAUAUCGACAAAGACAAUGUGAAGCAGAAAAAGCGGCCGACAAGUAAAACACUUUUGUUGAUCGGACGUGACGAGAUUCAAGGCAGUGACAGUGGCAUUUCACUUCAUUCUCGUGAUGAAAAAGGAAAGCUUAGUGCAUUAUGUGAUAACAAAGUUGACAAUGCAACGGGACUUCCGCAAGAUUUGAAAGAUCUUCCGUUUGAUAUGCCAAAGUUAAGACGAAGAAGAAUUCUUUUGAAUCAGAGUUCUGGCGGGUCUGGCAGUGCAACAUCAGUUGAUUUAGGCGAUCUUCCAUUCGACAUGCCGAAGUUAAGGCGUCGAAUGCGUGUUGGUGGUGUUAAUCUUAUAUUACCAGCAAACAUAUCCAAUAACUCAACAACAAAUGCACUUACAACUAACAAUAUUAAUAAUACCAUCAACAAUAAUUUAAGCACUGACACGAGCGGUGUUUCACAAGCAUCAUCGAGUCAAUCUGUACAAGAUGAUCGGCCUAUCAUGGGUGGAGGAGUCUUCCGUCAAAAUUUGACGUUAAACUUAAACGACACAAAGUCAGCAAAAACAAAGAAACCUUUUGGAACUUUAGACUUACAUGGAUUGACAGAUACUGGAAAUUUGAGUGCUCGAUCAUCGGGUGGGAUAAGCUUCAAUGCUGGUGGCUUUAAUCGACUUAACAUGGCUUUAAUUGACGAUACGAUUCCGCUUGAACGACAAGGAUGGUAUCACGGUGCGAUUACUCGUAUCGAUGCUGAGAAUGUUUUACGACAGUUGAGCGAGGGAAGCUUCCUGGUGCGUAAUAGCGAGUCAGCGAAGCAAGAUUACUCAUUGUCAUUGAAGAGUGCCAAGGGCUUCAUGCACAUGAGAAUUCAACAGCAAAACGAUUCCGGCGAAUAUAUCUUGGGGCAGUUCAGUCGACCAUUUAAAUCGAUACCAGAAAUGAUUCGCCAUUUUUGUCUUAACCGGUUGCCGGUUAGAGGCGCAGAGCACAUGUGUCUCCUUGAACCUGUCAUUGCACAGUUGUUGUAAAUUCAUCUUUGUAGUUGAUGAAAGAAGCUUCUCAUACAUGUCGACAAAAGACGAAUGAUAAAAGUCCAUUAAUGUCGACGAUGAGAAAAGAAAUCAUUAGAAUUAACAGCAAAAUAUAAAAGUCAGACUACUUCAUAGAUUUUCCACAACAUAAAGCAUUGUAUAAUAAACGAAAAUGGAUAAAAUGGAAAGUGGAAGAGAAAUAUCAACAAGAGAAUUUGUUUAUCACAUAAAAAUCAAUUUUUAUUAUAUGACUGACAAUAAGGUAGUCGAAGAGAAGAGAUUGAAAUGUGCGAAGAAUAUGUUUCUUGUCUUCUUCAUAUCUUGUCUUUAUGGUGUUUGUUUGAUGGAAUAUUAUGGGAAUUGCUUGUACGUCAGUUAUCUCAAAAAUU